GUUGGAAAUAGUAUUCUAACUUUUGAUAUUGUUGAUACUCGUCGGAUUCGUGGGAAAAUGUGAACCAAAAUUGUGAGUGCCAACGUUAAAUGUCUUUCAGAUAUUUGGCAAUGGAAGUUUUCCUUUAUCGGGUGCCUGUCUUAUUCAGGCGAACAGCUACAGUUUUAUUCAACCUUGGUCUUCAACCAAGGUACAAUCAGAAUCUUGUUUGGGGAUCAACUAGAGUGCUCUGUGAUGUUAUCGUUCAGCCAGCAAGAACUUUUUGCAUUGAUUCAGUUGUAUCAGAUUUAAAGAGAGUAAAACUUUCUGAGUCACUUCCUUGCAUCAGGGCAACAUCUGAAAGGAAAUCCUAUGGGAUCUAUAGGACCGCUAUCAGGACAUGUUCCAGUGAAGCCGUGAGCAAGCGUCGUGUGAUUCCCAACGAAGCAAGCAAGCAGUACUUAGCCAGCAUAGGUCUCGACUGUGACAGGUUACAGAAGUCCCGUCCUACUGUGCUAAAGCAGAAUGUGAACAGUCUACAGCAACAUGUAAACCUCCUCAGGAGUCUUGGUCUGAGCGAUUCAGACAUUGUCAACAUCAUCUACAAGGAAGCCUCAUUCCUGAGGAAAGAUGUGAAGUCUGUGUAUGAGUUGGUAGAGUACUUGAAGAACAUCGGUCUGAAGGACAGUGAGGUGGCCAACAUCUUUCAGAGGGCACCCCGUUUUUUCACCACACCUGAGACUGUCAUGGACAAUGUGGAGUAUAUGAAGUACCUUGAUGUCACAGACAAGAAUAUCUGCUACACCCUGAUCUACACUCCAUCUAUGUUCUACAGGGUUCAAGGUGGGGUUGAGCGGGUAGCUUCAUACCUCAAGCAAGUCAUGAUGGAGGAAAAUUUUGUGGGAGACCAUAACCGUGUCAUCCGUUACAUCAUGAGGAAUGAUCCAGCCCUUUUCAUCCGUCAGGUUUCUGAAUUGGAGAACAAUGUGAAGUUUCUCAAGCAAUCUGGAUUUCAUGGAGAGGACUUGAUAUCAAUCAUUCGUUACUGUCCUAGUUCUGUGCGCAUUGGAACCGAGUUCCUCAAGUCGCGCCUGGAAUAUCUCCAGAAGCAUCUGUCUUUGACCAAUAAUGCAUUGAAAGACCUCAUUCGAAGGCAUCCUCAGUUGCUUCAUGCCAGUGUAGAAACAAUACAAUCUCAUAUUGAUCUUGUUCUUGAACUAGGUUUCACAACAGCGGAUAUGGUUAAAACGCCUAGAAUCUUUGCUCGUAGUCUGAGCUCCAUCAGAUCCCGAUAUGAAGAACUAAUUGAAGUUGGAUGCAAGCCUAAUCUUGGUUCAUUCAUUUACUCCAAAGAGAGGCAUCAGGAGAUUGUGCAAAAAUUCAAGAUGAACCAACGCAAGAAAAACAGGAGUGAAGAAGUUAGUAACUGAAUAGUUGUAUUUGUUAUUUUAUGGAAUUAAUCUACAUGGAAGGGGCCAAUUA